GAUCCUACUGGCCAGAUUACCGUAAGUGAAAGUGAAUUAGUGCAUGAUUUGACCUACACUCUCCUUGGUGUUUCCGGCCGAGUUGUUCGCUACGAUUCUACACGAGAUAUGUUCCUUGUAAGAACCCGGCUUUCCGCCAUUUCUUGA